GGGGUGGUCGCGCGUACAAAAAUAGAUCCACGUUGUCCAGUCUAUCCCCGUCUACCUCGUGCUUUGCAAUUCCACCAAACUGAUGCCGCAUCGCCCCUUCCGUCGCGACGGCGAAGCCUUGUCCAGGUGGGAAAACGAAAUCGACGAGUUCGACAGUGGUGGCCACUUGGACCAGUUGGACCGCAUUACCUUGGAUUGGUCCCAGCCCCAAGUGCAUCGAAGCGGCGACUGCAGCGCGGGGCACCGGCGCAUGCGUGAGAAAAAGCAAAGUACUACCCCCCGCCGUCUGUCCCCCCAACAAGGCGACAAUGGCCUGCCCCCACGGAUCGUUGUGGUCGUCCAAGCGUCAAAGCCACCGGCUUCCAAGCCAGCGCCUCUGACACCCGUCGCGGUAUCGUUGACGUCCCCUCGGGAUCAAAUGUCCAAGGUGUCACCACCGCAACAACGCCGCCAAACAGUGCAAGAUCGAUGGCAACCGCCUUCCCCACGACUAGCCCACUCUUCUCCCCACGUCGUUCCUCCGCCGUCGGUUCUUGUAUCGUUGCCACGCGGGGCAGCCGGCGUAUUUGAUGCCCCCCUCCGCCCAUCACGCAAGCCCCCCCAACACCCAUCGAGCCAUACGUCCAAUCCCCCGACGACAACCACACAGCAUCUUCUUCGUGUGUGGCCCCUCACGGUGUGACCCCUAACGACCGUCCCCAUUAUUUAUGAUGUAAACAACUGCAUAACCCAGCAACGAACGAUGAAUUCAAGAACUUCGAAGAUCUAGUACUACUAUCUAUAUACACGGAAGUUUUGAUGUUGG